AUGGGCGAGCCUAUUAUUGGUUCUGCUUACUGGCUAGGCGCAAGACGGGACGAAUCGUCCCACCCGAAAAUCUGCCAACUCACGAUGGAAUUCGUACAAGCUACCCAGCCUAACACCGGAAAAUUUUGGGGGCCAUAUGCUGACACUUCCAAGGAUGAAGAAAUCUACCAUACACCAAUUCAGUCCAUGUCGAGGGCAUUGCGUACCCACGGCUCAGUUGUCGGUUUCAAGCGCAAUGGGAAUAUGCUGGGCAUUACGUGGAUUCGCCAUCUCCACGGAGGAUCCUUUUUUCGAGACAUAGACGGCACCAUGAGAGCUUUCUCAACGCGGCGAAUGAACCACAUCGUACCAGAGAUCUGGCCGCUUUUUGAAAAAGCUGCCGAAGGCUUAGUCGCCAAUGCGGGUGCGGAUGCCGUCGAUAUCCAACCCCAUUUGCAACAAGCCAUGGCGGAGGGAACCAUCAAAAUCUUUCUGAGCGAGAAGUACAACCGUGCUGAUUUCAAAGAACGAAUGAUCAAGGUUGCCACAGACAUUGCCUAUCUUACCGGCCUUGACCCAAACCGGUCAUUCCUGGCGCGCAAGUUUCCUCUGCUCUGGCACGCAGCUAAAGUGUAUGCCACAUACAGCGGGAUUAAUGGUCUCAUCAGAAUUGUCAGCAUGAUUUGGGUCACCUUUUUUCUCGCUCAGCAUCCAGAUUCUCAAGAAUCUAUCCGCAAGGAGGCCACAUCCAUUAUCGAAACUGGAGGUGCCUUCAAACUGGAAGGCUUGCAAAACGCCGUUCUCACGGACUCUUUCAUUCGCGAAGCUUUGCGGACGAAAGGGGACAGCGUGAAUGCAGUGAGACAGUGCGUUCAAGAUGUCGAGCUAGACGGGUUCACAAUACCCAAGGGCUCACUCGUUUUCCCUUUUACCUAUCAGUGUUAUCGGAACUCAAACCUCAUGGAAAACGCCAACGAGUUCAUCGGAGACCGGUGGGUUAGCACCGGAAAAUCAGCAACAACGACAGGCCUAGAAUAUCCCGCGUUUGGGCUCGGGCGAUGGGCUUGCCCCGGUCGAUUCCUUGCCAUUAACGCUUGUGCUCCUGACGGGAAGUUGGUCGUUCGUCGGGUCGAGGCGUAG